GGGCGGGGCUAGCCGGAGGGGGAAAGGGAAGAUGGCGGCAGGGGCGGCCGCUGGUUUUGCUGCUGCUGCUGCUGUCGGAGCGCCGGGGGACGCCGCGGGUCCGCACCGGGCGAAAGCGGCGGCGAAGGCGCUGAGGCGAGCCUGAGGAGGAAGGGAGGGAGGAAGAGGCGCGGUCCUGAGGGGCAGGGCGGGCCCAUGUCCCCGUCCCUUGUCGCCACCGAGUGAAGGCGAGGCAGUGGCGGCUGAGGGGCCCGCGGAAGAGGAGGACGAGGAGAAGGAGAAAGAGGAGGACGAGGAGGAGAAGGCGGCGGCAAGAUGAAGUUCGCCGAGCACCUCUCCGCGCACAUCACCCCGGAGUGGCGGAAGCAGUACAUCCAGUAUGAGGCUUUCAAAGAGAUGCUGUAUGCAGCUCAGGACCAGGCCCCUUCCAUAGAAGUCACAGAUGAAGAUACGGUGAAGAGGUACUUUGCCAAGUUUGAAGAGAAAUUCUUUCAAACAUGUGAGAAGGAACUUGCCAAAAUCAACACAUUUUAUUCUGAGAAACUUGCAGAAGCUCAGCGCAGGUUUGCUACGCUACAGAAUGAAUUACAGUCAACCCUGGAUGCACAGAAGGAAACCAGUGGUCUUACUACUUUGCGGCAACGUAGAAAGCCAGUCUUCCACCUGUCCCACGAGGAGCGUGUGCAGCACAGGAACAUCAAAGAUCUUAAACUGGCCUUCAGUGAGUUCUACCUCAGCCUCAUCCUACUGCAGAACUAUCAGAAUCUAAACUUCACAGGAUUCCGUAAGAUCCUAAAGAAACAUGACAAGAUCCUGGAAACACCCCGAGGUGCAGAUUGGAGAGUGGCUCAUGUUGAAGUGGCACCAUUCUAUACCUGCAAGAAAAUCAACCAACUCAUCUCUGAAACAGAGACCGUGGUAACCAAUGAGUUGGAAGAUGGAGACCGUCAGAAAGCCAUGAAGCGCUUACGUGUCCCACCACUUGGAGCAGCGCAGCCUGCACCAGCAUGGACUACUUUCAGGGUUGGACUAUUCUGUGGAAUAUUAAUUGUGCUGAAUGUUACCCUCAUACUUUCAGCCGUGUUUAAAAUGAAAGGAUCAAAUGUGUGGCCACUCAUCAGAAUCUAUCGAGGUGGCUUUCUCCUGAUAGAAUUCCUUUUUCUACUUGGCAUAAACACAUAUGGCUGGAGGCAAGCUGGAGUGAAUCAUGUCCUGAUCUUUGAACUCAAUCCCCGCAGUAAUUUGUCUCAUCAGCAUCUCUUUGAGAUUGCUGGGUUCCUUGGGACAUUGUGGUGCCUGAGCCUGCUGGCAUGUAUAUAUGGUCAAGAUACUGAUUUUCCUAUACAGACAAACCCACUUAUCUUAUAUGGAUUUAUGUUGCUGUUUCUCAUCAACCCUACAAAAACAUUCUACUAUAAGUCUCGUUUUUGGCUGCUCAAACUCUUGUUUCGGGUGUUCACUGCCCCCUUCCAUAAAGUGGGCUUUGCAGAUUUCUGGCUCGCUGAUCAGCUUAACAGUCUGGCUGUGAUACUUAUGGAUCUUGAAUACAUGAUUUGUUUCUAUAGCUUUGAGCUCCAGUGGACAGCUAAAAAUGCAUUGUUGGAAAAUCCAGGUAGUCAGAUCUGCAACACCUAUGCCUAUGGUGUACGAGCAGUUGUUCAGUGCAUUCCUGCUUGGUUAAGAUUCGUCCAGUGCCUGCGCCGAUACCGUGAUACCAAACGGGCCUUUCCCCACCUGGUUAAUGCCGGCAAAUACUCUACCACAUUCUUCAUGGUGACAUUUGCAGCUCUUUACAGCACUCACAGAGUUAAAGACCAUGGUGACACCCCAGUGUUCUUCUAUUUGUGGAUCGUCUUCUAUUUUAUCAGCUCCUGCUACACCCUGAUCUGGGAUUUGAAGAUGGACUGGGGUCUCUUUGAUAGGAAUGCUGGUGAAAAUACUUUCCUGCGGGAAGAGAUUGUGUAUCCGCAAAAAGCCUAUUACUAUUGUGCCAUUGUAGAGGAUGUGAUUUUGCGGUUUGCAUGGACUAUCCAGAUAUCUCUCACCGUCAUGAAAAUCCACCCUCAUGUUGCAGAUAUCAUUGGUACAGUGUUUGCACCACUUGAGGUUUUCCGGCGGUUUGUCUGGAAUUUCUUCCGAUUGGAGAAUGAGCACCUGAACAACUGUGGUGAGUUCCGAGCGGUCAGGGACAUCUCAGUCGCACCACUGAAUGCUGAUGAUCAGACUCUGCUUGAACAGAUGAUGGACCAGGAUGAUGGUGUCCGAAAUCGUCAGAAAAAUCGGGCCUGGAAGCGUAGCCAGAGUCUGUCCUUGCAUAGACCACGUCUUGCUUCACAGUCCAAGGCCCGUGACACCAAGGUGUUAAUAGAAGACACAGAUGAUGAAGCAAACACAUGAAACGCCUACAGAACCAAGUUCCACAAUCCUUGUGUUCUUUACUACCUUUUCCCUCCCCAUUCCCAACCAUCCCAACCUGUUGUGUAGUUUCAAGCUGAAAACAGGAGAAGAAUCUGAACACACUUUCUGAGCUCUUCCGGACCGGAUCCUAUGGACUCCACCAAGCUCACUGUGUUUUUUUCUUUUCUUCUGGUUUUAAUUUGAGUUGUUGUUUUUAAAAUAAAAUGUAACUUCGUUUUGCCAAUCAGAGGGACAUUAAAGGAAUGAACUGUCUUAAAAGAUUGUUUACAAUCUCUUCAAGGACAAAUAAUCUGGAUGAAGAAGCCUCAUCGGGACUCCGUCAUGGGAUGAACUCUACCGAGAACUAACUCAAUAUCUGGUCAGUCCAGUUUUGUCUGGUUGAAACUGGAUCUGCGUUUUUAACUCUGGCUCGCGCUCUGGUUUUUUGGUGUUAUCCUUCAUAUCCAGCGCCAAGGCACUGGCUGCACUUGCCGGGAAAGUGCACUUAGAGCAGUACCUUCAUUCACGAAGCUACUUUAUAAUUUGAUGUAACUAUCGUAUAAUUUUUUUUGAAAUAUGAUGUAUUUGUUGCAUAUAGUUUUCACAUUAUUUAUGAUAGUUAACAACCAUACAAGAAUGGUUUUGAGUCCUGUGCAAAGAAGAUGGUAAAACUCUAAAAAUAAGGCAAGUGGUGGGGGGAAAGGGUUGUAGACCCUGGAUCUCUCUUGCUGCAAGAUUAAGCCCUUUAAAAUACCUCUUUCAUUAGAGAACUUGCACCAGUUUAACCUGGCUUAUUUUUCCCUUUUUUCUGUUUAAUUUAAACCAAAGUUUCUUUAGUGGGUUUUAUUUGUUGCUGCUGCUGGUGGUCCCUGAGAAAGCUGGGCACCUUUCUUAGCCAGUUUAUCCACAUGUGUGUAGCUGUGCAGAAAUAGUAUCAAUUAUUUUCAGUUUUCUGAUGGAGGAAGUUUAGUGCAAAUUAAUCCGGUGCAGUGCAUCAGAUAACCAUGCAAAAGCCUUUGUGGGCUGAUAUGGUUUUCAUUUUAAUGAGCUGAAUAGGCUAUCAUCCCAUUCUUAAAAUCGGGAGCUCCUGUAUGAUUUCGUUCACUUCAAGUGGAUAAUAGAGAAAAGGGAGAGAGGAGAAGGUCUGCCUUGUUGGGGAACUGGAAAGAUGCCUUCAUCCGUUUGUAUGAGGUAAGGCAGACGCACAUUAGCUUGUCACUUCGGUAAGCAGGAGGCAGAGUAGUCUCCCAAGAUUGAGGAAGUUGGUAUUGCAAUAGAAAGGGCUCUUUAAUAUUUUUUAAAAUAAAAAAUAAACUUCUGCCAUACUUUGGCAAAGUCUGACAAUCACUGGCCAAGACCAUCCUCAGGUUAGCUUUUGUUUCAUUUGUUUUAACCCUAUCUUCCCCAAAUCUUAACUGUCCAUCUUAGUGCUAGACGUAACAUGUGCAAGCAUUAUGAGUGGCAUUGUUAGUUGGAUUUAGGGUUAGAUGGCCUUACAGCUUAGGAAAUGCUUUAGUCAACAUUUUCCAGCUUGAUUAUUAUUUUUAAAAUUCCAUAUUAGCCUCAAGAGCCCGUAGGAUAGAGCAGCAUGAAUGUCUAAGAUGACCAUAUCCGCCUGUUGUAGUCGCAAGCCUGUGUUGUGUGUGCCAAGCCUUUGUGCUGAAUGUUAGCAAACGAAAUCUUAUUUGUGCUCUUUGACACAGUUUGUGCCGUGUGUGAGGUCAACACCAUAUAGUGGAAGAAGAUACUUAAAUUUUCCUUAAGUCUGUCUCUAAUCCAAGACUCUACAGCAAGGACUGUUUUGUCUUCUUUUUAGCCCUUUCAUACUUCAUGUCUUGCUUAUUCUUUGCUCCCUUGGAAUUUCCUAGGGGUCCUAAACCAGAGGCACACUUUUUGGCAAAAGGUUUCUUUCUUUAACCUCUUUCUCAAGUUCAUAAUUGUGCUUACUAAAUACUUGUUUGAUAUCCACUUAUUCCCCAUCCAUUCACAACAUUUACUUAUGUAGAGCAACUAUAGUUUUUUGAAAAUAGUAGCCCAGAGAAACUAGGGGAUUAAAUCUGUUAACCUUAAAUGAAGCAAAACAAUUCAGAGAAAAACUUGGUGAUUGCAACUCUCUAGGCUGGUGUUUCUCAAACUGUGCUCCUCCAGGUGUUUUAGGACUUCAACUGCAAGAUAUCCCAGCCAAGUUGCCAGCUGUUCGGAAUUGUUGGAACUGAAGUCCAAAAUAUCUGAAGGAGGACAAUUUGAGGAACUCUGCUAUAGGCUGGUAUUAGAGCGACAAAGUGGGACUUCAGAUCACAGUGACUUACAAUGUGCUUUAACUUUUCAAGAGAUCUGCUGGAAAAUAACUAUACAUUUGAAUUAGAAGCUCAAAGAAGACAAUUUUUGUGGUGACAGAGAACAUGGAAUUGUGUGUUCUUAACUUUUCUAUCCUAUAACAAGAAACAGGCUGCUCCAUUACGAUGAACUGUAAUCUGGUAUGCAAUCAUACAUAUCCCUCUUUUUUGGACUAGGAGUUGCCCAGCUAGCCAUGCCUUUUUUGUUCAGACAUGAUGUCUACAAUUAAGGCAAUCUUUUAAAUACAGUAUAAAUUCUGUGUCUGUGGGACCAGUACUGUGGUUUUGCCUAUCCACAUUCAACAAAUUAUAUCCUUUCUAGGAGUUUUCUAGGUCCUCUGAGUGAUUCUAUGGCAGGGAUCUCAACCUGGGAUCCCCAGAUGUUUUUGGCCUUCAAUUCCCAGAAAUCCUAACAGCUGGUAAACUGACUGGAAUUUCUGGGAGUUAUAGGCCAAAAACAUCUGGGGACCCCAGGUUGAGAACCACUGUUCUAUGGUAUACGUCCAACAGUUACCAUAGAGAUGUCCUGGAGGGCCUAGAAAAUUCCCAGAGAGUUAUUGUAAGGUGGACAUGGUUCAUUUUAGUAGGAUUCACUAUUUACCCAUGGUUUCACGUUUCCAUGUACAUUCAAGAAUGUAUCCUCCUGAGGUCUUAUAGUAUUUCAAGUGUUUUUGUAAAUAGCAACUGAAUAAUGGCAACUACUUUUCCAUUGCAGUAAGAUGAAAUGUAAGGUAUGAGACGACAAUCUCAACUAAUCAUGUGUCAUCUUCCAGCCCUGUGUUCAAUGUUGGAAAUACCAGUUUUUACAGAAAGAUUUUGGCAGAUUAAUUGAUUGUAUGAGGACUAAGCAGACAGUGCAGCUGACACUAGGAAAUCCCAACAGCCACAUUAUAAUAAAGGGAGUGAUUGAGACUGGAAACAGCGAGUAGGUAUAAAGAGAACUGGAAAUGGGAAUUUGGUGUGUGCAGAGUUCAUUUGGUUGCAGUGCUGCCUCAGAUCAAACAGGUUUUUGAAAAACUACAAAUUUGAAACGCCCUAAAUAUUAGUCAUGAAUGUAGGAAUGGAUAUAUAUUUAACAAGCAACAGGACCUCUUUCAUUCCAUUACCAGCACGUUCAGAAAGGGUGUUGUUUCUAUCCCAAUAGAUCUAGGUGUUUUGUAAAUAUUUGUGUCUAGGGAAUUCUACCAGUUCUGCUGCUUUGAUUCCAGUGUAGCAAAGUAGUCUUCAGUUUCUAACAUAAACCAAGCAUUUAACACAAAAUCCAAGAUUUUGUCAAUGUGAUGUUAUAAAAUCUCAACAUUUUUAUGAAUUCAGAUGCCUCCAUUGAGUGAAAUACCCACUGUAACCUUCGGCAUCCUGUUCUGUUGUGGAUAAUCAAAACUUGGUACUUCAGUAUUGAAUAACUCAUUUUUCCUAACACCGUGGAUGAAGGAGGGGCUUGGAGAUCACAUUAACAUUGAGUUUUAUAGCUUCCAGAUUUUAUUUCAGACUUUCUGAUCUUACUACAAGUCUGUGAGGUCCUGCUUUAGAUGAUUAAAACAUGAGACACUUAUGCUUCUGUGAUUUCAUUAAAAGAAUGAGCCAUCUCUUAUCCAGUAUAGACCAUACAUUCAGGCUAAGAAAGCUGAGCAUUCACAACACCACAAAACUGCAACAAAACAGGUUUUUCUGGUUCUAUCAUAGAAAACACAGUAGUUCAAACUAAUGAUGGAAUAUUGGGAUUUUGUCUCAUCCUCCUCCUGGAGUCAAAGCUAGGAGAAACACACCUUGCCUUCAGGUAGGGCUUUUUGUGUUUAGAUUCAAGCCUUUUUGAGAAAGUAAUUGGUGCUUUUGGGAUCCAGUUCUCCAGCAUCCAACUCAAAUUAGCAGGUGUUACUGUUUUUUUUUCCUAUUUGGCAGAACUUGUUUGAUCUGAGGCAAAAGAAAUAUUGGUAAAUUCCAUAAAAAACAGCUUUCAAAAAGCAGCUUUGGUUAUCACAGAAAUUAAAACAAUGGUAACAUUUCUCUUGUGCUAAGACUGUUGUAGAUGAAUCAUGUGGAAGGAUGCACAGAAGCCCUUUUACCAUAUUUCUUUUUCAAAGGAACGCCGUCUUUGGCCAACAAGGUCUUUUUAUCUCCAUUUGGCUGCUUUUCUGUCCAUCCUCUGUGAUGGUUGCCAAAUAUGGAGAACAGCCAGAAUCCUGCAUCUCUGAUAUCAUUCUCAGUUACAGCAAAAAUAUUUUAGAAUUGUCUUAUGGUACUUAAAAUAUUGCUAUUCAUACUCAAAAUGUUGCUAUUGUCCCACUUCAUUCGUUUUCUUGACUGUCAAGCAAGCACAGGCUCUGCAUUUGCUGGAAUUUGAAACCUAUAGUUUAGAGAAGUUACAAAGGAUCUCUGUAAACAACUGUCUUGCUACCAUCCUUAUUGUAAACUUUUGCGAAUUAUUUGAAGAAGAUCCCUAUUGGAAGGAGGAACAUUUUGUCUAAAGACUUUAGAGAUACUGGGUUUCUGGGAGGCAUAGUUUUUCCACUGAGAAAUUUCAUAAUGGAACAUAUAGUUCCUUGAAAAAGAAUUUUGCUACUAUAAGAAAUGCUGCAUAUGUUCAUUCAGGGUAACAAUAACCCCCAAAAUCUUUGCCAGCAUCACAUUGUUGUCCGUUAAACUGAGUGUUUCUUUUGGCCCUGUUGUCUGGGCCUUCUGAGAGCUGUAGUCCAGAAUAUCUGGAGGACCAAAGUCAGAUCAAUUUCCCCAAAGCACAUCUCCACAUCAAAUGCAGUCUGCAAGGAUUAUUCAGCAGUAGGAUUUCUUGAAGAGUAGGAAGUUUGAAAGGAACUGAUCUAGAUUUUCUCAAGCUUCUCCACACAUGUGGUUCACUGUUUCAGUUACUCAUGGAUUUUGUAUCUCAUAGUAACAUCAUUAAUGAGGAACCAUGGAAACAUCACUGAUACUGAACCGUAACAUUUCAUUGCUGAACAUCCACACUGGGGAAGAGAGACUGCAUCUAGGGCAUAUAUAUUCCAGCAGUAAAAUGUAGUUACUCUUUGUAAUAACUCCCUUGUUUCCGAAUGCAGAGAAUGCCAGAGUUUUCCAACAGGAACAUUCAGAGCAUGAACUGAAAUCCUCUUUUUCCCCGUGGUUCUGGUUCUUAUCAUUGCAGGUGUGGCUCCUGAAAGUAAGUCUUGGAGGUUAGAAACCAAAGCAGCCUAACCAUUGUGCUGUCCCCAACAUUCUCUGAAUAUCAGUUAAACUUUAAAUGCACUGAGCUGGAUCAGGUAACCUCUCUAUUGUUCAGCAUCCUCUCAUCUUUUUACAAGACAUCGAUUAGGGCUUUUUGGGAGGAUCAUUCUGCCUUAAACAAAAGUUCACAUUCCUGGCUCAGGUGGUUCUGGGAAAGAGGAUAAAUACCACUUUAAGCAGAGAAAGGAAUGAUGGCUUUUGUAACAUUUCUACCCAACAUGCUGCUCCUUAUAACAAAACCCACCCCACCAGUCAGAUGGCUCCAGAGGGAUAUCACACAUCUGGAAGCAAGAUAGAUACCCCAGUCCAAUAAUACUGUCAAAUGGGAACCCAACUGGAGUAUAAAAGAGUUCUUGCACUUUAGCUUGAGGAAGUGCAGAAUAACUUCCCCUUCUUUUCACUGCUGGAGUAGAUAAGGGGCAAAGGGAACUUUGGAUUUGAUAACUAGGUUACAAAUUGUACUUUCCUGUAAAUCUGUACAGGCCGUAAGUUUGCUCCUUUGGCAUUCUCCAACUUAAAUCUGCUUCCAACAUAUUUACCUUCUAGCUUUGUAUCCUAACGAUUUCUCUGAUGGGGCCUGGAGGUGACAAUGAUUUUGCCUUCUGUUUCACACUUUUGCCCUGCUGCUAUCUUUUGCAUCUUCCUCAUUCCCAUUCCUUUCCACCCUUCCAGUGUGUUGGUCUAAUUGAUGAUUAUAUACUAUGAAGCCCUGAACUGUAGGUGUCAGAAGUAACUAUGGAAUGUGAUUUCGUCCUAUUGUGGGUGCUUUUCUCUUUACUUUCUUCCUUUCUCUAUACCUUUUCCAAGCCUUUUUUGGCUCAGUGGAAAAGGUGAGGACAAAGACUUGCCGCUUGCUUGGACUCAUGAUGAUGUUUUCUGUGAUUGCGCUAUUAGCUGUCUCCUCCCUCCCCUACUCCCCCCAAUGGAUAUAAGACUUUCUGAAGUGUGGAAUUAACUUUCUUGAUAAGUAGGUUUAAAAAUGCACAAUGUGGUACUGUUUCAUAGUUCCUAGAUGGUUGUAUUAAAACAGUUAAUGUGGUUUGUGUUUUUAAAAAGAAAAAAGUGAUUGAUUUAUUAAUCUGUCUUUUUCAUUAUUACAAGCUUUGUUUUCCAAUUA